UAAGUAUUAUUUCCAUGGUAGGUAUACAUUCUAUGUAUGCUCGUAAUUUUCCAAUUCAAGGUUGUUUCAAGAUCCUUACUCAAAAGAUCUAUCGUUACGAAUGUGCAAUGAAUAAAUUUUUAAUUCGAUCAUCACUAUGUCUACUGAGAAGGCAUAUGUGCACUCCGGCCCCUGGAGCAAGUCAGCCUGCAAGCCGUGCUUCAGCCGGCCCGAAAUAUAAACCCAGCGAUUUUCAGAAGUUUAUAUUGGUGUGGACCAAGAAGUACAAGAGCAAAGCCGAAAUACCCCAAUUCGUUUCGCCAGAUCUGGUAGAAAGGUCUAGGAGUGAAGCAAGGAUUAAGAUCUCAAACAUUUUGAUAUUCCUCACCUGCCUUGCCAGUUUAGGAGCUGUAUUGUCUGGAAGAGCUGCAGCAAAAAGAGGCGAAUCUGUCCAUCAAAUGAACUUAGACUGGCAUAAACAAUAUGAAGAGGACUAUAAGAAGAAACAUGGUACAAAUGAGAGCUAAAUAUUUAAUCAAAUGUUUUAUUACAUUUUAAAGAGUUAUGUAGAAUGCUUGUAAUAGAAAAUGUAUGAAAACUUUUAAAAGUAGGUACAUUUAGAAUAAAUUAUAUUUAAUUCAAUAAUAUUUUAUGAACUUGUUCUUUAUUGUUUUUGAUUAUUUCUCUCCUUUACUUUGAUAUGAUUUGCAAUCUUGAUAAAAUAAAUAUUGUGCAACUUGCUUUGCUUAGUAGUAAUGUUGUAUUAUCUUGAUAAAAUGUUAUUUACUGAUAAGUUUAUAUCCAAAAAUCAUGUCUGGAUACUCUUAUGAUUCAUGGCACAACAUACCUCACUAUAUUACCUCAUAAUAUUAAGAGAGAUUAGCCUAGACAAACUGACAGUUUGUUUGAGAUAUGCUGUUAUUCUAAUAAUUAUAUGUUAGACACAAAAAGAGUUAUUUUGAAAUCACUUGAAUUGUAUUUAAUUUUAUGUAUAGAUAAUAACUUACAUUUUGGAAAUUAGUGAAUUAAAAUUGUGAUGCAAAUAUGGAACUUAUACUCUAGAAAAUUAAAAAAAUCUUGUACUAUCUAUUUAUAUAUUUAUAUACACCCCUACAACAAAUAAAUGCAUGCUUAUCAGUCUUCAUAAGUUAUUCGGUUUAUAAUAUGUUCUACAUUUUUCAAUAAAUAGUUUUGUUGUCUUCUC